UCCAACAUGGACCGAGAAAUGAUAUUGGCUGAUUUCCAGGCAUGUACUGGUAUUGAAAAUAUUGAUGAAGCUAUAACGUUGCUUGAACAAAAUAACUGGGAUUUAGUGGCAGCUAUAAAUGGUGUAAUACCACAAGAAAACGGCAUUCUACAAAGUGAGUACGGUGGAGAGACUUUACAUGGACCAACGUAUGGCCCCACAAGUCAUUCUACAGCAGCUUCUUCAACUCCUUCCUCAUCCUCAGCAUUUCGCCAUGUAGUGCCAUCAAGACAAAUAGUGGAAAGGCAACCUCGAAUGCUUGACUUCAGGGUUGAGUACAGAGACAGAAAUGUGGAUGUAGUACUUGAAGACAGUUCCACAGUUGGAGAUAUCAAACAUAUUCUAGAAAAUGAACUUCAGAUUCCUGCAUCUAAAAUGCUGUUAAAAGGUUGGAAGACUGGAGAUGUAGACGAUAGUACUGUUUUAAAAACUCUACACUUGCCAAAAAAUAAUAGUCUUUAUGUUCUAACACCUGACCUGCCUCCUCCUACUUCAAGUCAUUCUGGGGCCCUGCAGGAGUCAUUAAAUCAAAACUUCAUGCUGAUCGUCACCCAUCGAGAAGUCCAGCGGGAGUACAACCUCAACUUCUCAGGAAGCAGUACCAUUCAGGAGGUAAAGCGGAACGUGUAUGACCUAACUAGUAUCCCUGUCCGUCACCAGCUAUGGGAAGGCUGGCCUCCUUCUGCCACAGACGACUCAAUGACUCUAGCUGUUUCGGGACUGACUUUUCCUUGCCAUCGACUUACAGUUGGAAGAAGAUCUUCACCUGUACAAACGAGGGAACAGUCAGAAGAGCAAUGCACUGAUGUUCACAUGGUUAGCGACAGUGAUGGGGAUGACUUUGAAGAUGCUACAGAGUUUGGAGUUGAUGAUGGAGAAAUGUUUGGAGUAGCAUCAUCUGCCUUGAGGAAAUCGCCAAUGAUGCCAGAAAAUGCUGAAAAUGAAGGAGAUGCCUUAUUACAAUUUACAGCUGAGUUUUCUUCAAGGUAUGGUGACUGCCAUCCUGUUUAUUUUAUUGGAUCAUUAGAGGCUGCUUUUCAAGAAGCCUUCUAUGGGAAAGCUAGAGAUAGAAAGCUUCUUGCUAUCUACCUCCACCAUGAUGAAAGUGUACUAACCAAUGUCUUCUGCUCACAAAUGCUUUGUGCUGAAUCUAUUGUCUCCUAUCUGAGCCAGAACUUCAUCACCUGGGCAUGGGACAUGACAAAAGAAGCAAACAGAGCAAGGUUUCUGACAAUGUGCACUAGACACUUCGGGAGUGUUGUAGCCCAAACAAUUCGAACUCAGAAGACAGACCAGUUUCCACUUUUCCUUAUUAUUAUGGGAAAGCGAUCGUCUAAUGAAGUAUUGAAUGUAAUACAAGGUAACACAACAGUGGAUGAGCUAAUGAUGAGGCUGAUGGCUGCAAUGGAGAUCUUCAGUGCCCAGCAGCAGGAAGACAUAAAGGAUGAGGAUGAACGUGAAGCCAGAGAAAAUGUGAAAAGAGAGCAGGAUGAAGCGUACCGCAUAUCACUGGAGGCUGACAGAGCAAAGAGGGAAGCACAAGAAAGAGAAAUGGCAGAGCAGUUUCGCUUGGAACAGAUUCGGAAAGAACAGGAGGAAGAACGUGAGGCUAUCAGGCUCUCUCUUGAGCAGUCUUUGCCUCCCGAACCGAAAGAGGAGAGCACCGAGUCUGUCAGUAAACUGCGUAUUCGGACGCCCAGCGGAGAAUUCUUUGAGCGACGUUUCCUGGCCAGCAGCAAGCUGCAGGUUGUCUUUGAUUUUGUAGCUUCCAAGGGAUAUCCUUGGGAGGAGUACAAGCUGCUGGGCACCUUUCCGAGGAGAGAUGUGACCCAGCUGGAUCCAAAUAAAACGUUACUGGAGGUAAAACUGUAUCCUCAAGAAACCCUUUUCCUAGAGGCAAAAGAAUAG